ACCUCCAACACGCCAGUUGAAGACCUCAUCCGCGAAAAGCUAACAACAGCCUUCACGCCCACCACCCUCUUGAUCCGCAACGACUCGCACAAACACGCCCACCACGCGCCCAUGCGUGACUCCACCUCCAAGGAAACCCAUUUUCACGUAACAAUCACCUCCUCGUCCUUCGCCUCGAAACCCCAACCCGCGCGACACCGGAUGGUCUACAGCUUGUUAAAGGAGGAGAUGAGCCGGGAGGGCGGGAUCCAUGCGCUGCAGUUGCGGACGAAGACGCCGGAGGAGGAGGGGCGGGAGCGGGAGAGG